CAUCACCAUUUCAUCAACACAAACUGAAUAUAUAUUGUGAUUAAACAAGUAAGAAAUCAAAGGAUGGAAGGCAAAACUGUGAUUCUAAGUGUUCUCAUAAUGAGCUUGGUCAUCGCACAAAUUCAAGUGGAAGCAAAGAGUUGCUGCCCGUCUACGACUGCUAGAAAUAUCUAUAACAGCUGCCGUCUUACGGGAGCCUCCCGACCAGUGUGUGCAUCACUAAGUGGAUGCAAAGUUGUUCCUGCCAAAUGUCCGAACGGAUAUCAUCAUGACAUUCUCCAAAACUCAGGUGAUGCUGUCAAUGAAUACUGUAAGUUGGGAUGUACAUCUUCUGUGUGCGCUGCCAUGGUGACACUCCAAAACUCUGAUGCGAGUGAAAUUGUGAGUGGAGCGGUCGCACAAUGCACAAAGGCAUGUUCUACUUUCUGCACCAAGGGCUCUACAACUGAAGUUGAGACCGCCUAAACAAGCAUAUCCAUGAAGUUACCACAUCCAAGUUUCAGAGUGUUAUUUUCCUUGUUUUCAAUAAUUGUGUCUAUGUGAGAAAAAAAUGCUAGACUUUGGUGGUAGUAUUUGAAUAAGUUAUUUUCAGUUUGUUUCCGAGUUGUAGAAGGUUGUCCAUCCUAUAUUGUACAUGACUUCUAUUAAAUAAAAAGUUUGGUCACUUUAAUAUUUA